AUGUCAGGAAAAAGGCAAAAGCUCAAAGAUUAUGAAGAUAUAGCAAACGAAGUGAUCAGUUUGGCUCUAGAGCAACUGCCUUUUCGUGGUGGAGCCAAUAGGACCGUCAAAUCAGACGCUCCAACAAACAGUUGCAACAAAACCUUCCCAACCUGGAUGUCCACGGGGUUUUUGUCGACGGGGCGGACCAUUCCGGCCAUCCUGCUCCGUUGCCUUUUCCUGAAAGCCGAAAUUGAAUCAAAUCCAACCCGUUGCAGAACCUGCUACAACUGGCAUCACCUCAACAACUGCACGACCAAUAUCAACAGUUAUUACUACUGUAACAAGUGCCCGCGCCCAUCAACAAAAUCGGGCAAAUCGACGGCGCCGAUUGAUACCUCACGACGGCCAACAUCGACAUCGGCAUCACUAAACAACAACUGCCUCCGUGACAAAACAUCAACAACCCAAGCAACAAAUGCUGGACAGUUAAAUUUUCUUCAACUCAACUGUAACGGCAUCAAAAACAAACAUGAAGAAAUUCAACAACAUCUAAUAGACCACAACAUUCCCAUCGCAGCCCUCCAAGAAUCUUAG